ACUCUCAAAUUUCCAACUCUCAAACCCCACAAACCAAAAAAGAAAAAGGAACAAAACCCCAUAUAAUUUCUUGAUCUUUUUCCCCCCUUCAAAAUCCAUGGCAAAACCACCAACAUUUCACUUUUUAUUUCUUGUAAUAAUAUUAUUACAUUUUUCAAUUUUAAACCAUGUUAAAGCAACAUGGUGUGUAGCAAGAAGUGAUGCAAGUGAACAAUCUUUACAAAAUGCUUUAGAUUAUGCUUGUUUUUCUGGUGCUGAUUGUGCACCAAUUUUAGAAAAUGGACUUUGUUAUCUUCCUAAUACUAUUCAAGCUCAUGCUUCUUAUGCAUUUAAUGGAUUUUAUCAAAGAAUGAAUAGAGCACCUGGUUCUUGUGAUUUUGCUGGCACUGCUACCAUUGCUAAAACUGAUCCAAGUUAUGGAUCUUGUGUUUAUCCAGCAUCUUCAAGCACUGCUGGUGGCUCUACUAUUACUACUACUCCGAGCACCCCCGGUGGUGGUACUGGAGGGACAACCACCACGACACCAAUUCGAUAUCCACCACCACCACCGGAGACUGCACUUCCUUUGAAUAGUAACGGAGGAACGACACCGCGCGGUGGACCGGGGAUUCCAGACUCAGAGACAUCUAAUGCUUCUAACAAGUAUUCAAAUUUGGUUCAUGUUGCAUUUUUUAUGCUUCUAUUACUUCAUGUUUUUCAACUAUUGUAGUUAUAGCCAUUCAUGUUUAGAAAUAUAGCCAUACUUUUGCUAGUAGUUUAAGGCUAGGACAUUACAAUUUUGGUUAGAAAAUGAAAGC